CUUUUAGAGCCUGUUUGUGAAGAUAAGCCUGCCAGGAGAGCAGAGCCCUCUGAAAGAACCGACAUCCUCGCCCUAACGGAGGACCUUCAUUUACCUGUUGCUGUACCCAAAGUUCCCUCCUUGCCAAGAGAUGAAUUUCCUGCAGACUGGAGUAUUAAAACACGACUUCUGUUUAUGUCCUCCCAACCUUUCACUUGGGCAGAACAUUUAAAAGCACAAGAGGAAGCUCAAGGAUUUGCUCAGCAUUGUAGAGCUACAGAAACAAACUUGCCACAAAGCGUACAGGAACCAAAACUGUCGACAGAACUGCGCUGUGCCUUUCAGCAAAGCCUGGUUUACUGGCUUCACCCUUCGCUGCCAUGGCUGCAGCUGUUCCCUCGGAUUGGAGCAGACAGAAAAAUAGUUGGAAAGGCUAGUCCUUGGUCACAGGAUGAAGCCUUGCAACAAGUGCUAAUGAGUGACUGGUCUGUCAGCUUUACUUCUCUGUACAAUCUGCUCAAAGCCAAACUGUGUCCCUACUUCUACGUAUGUACCUACCAGUUUACUGUCCUGUUCCGUGCAGCUGGUCUUGCGGGAAGCGAUGUUAUCACAGCUGUAAUUUCUCCCACAACCAGAGGUUUAAGGGAAGCCAUGAGAAAUGAAGGCAUAGAGUUUUCUUUACCCUUGGUAGAAGAAAGUAGAACCAGGAAACAGAAAAACUCUGAAGUGAAUUUGGAAACAGAAGUGGCUAACAGCCUCGAAGUGGGCAACAGCCUGGAAGACGGAGAGGAACAAACUCCAAGCGAUGAUGACGACGAAAGUUUCUCUUGGCUUGAAGAGAUGGGAGUCCAAGACAAGGUUAAGAAACCAGAUGCUAUUUCUAUUAAACUCCGUAAGGAGAAGCAUGAGGUGCAGAUGGAUCACAAACCCGAAUCCCUUGCAUUAGUGAAAGGAACAAACACAUUCACCUUGCUGAACUUCUUGAUAAACUGCAGGAGCUUAGUGGCUGUUGCAGGCCCACAGGCAGGGCUUCCACCAACUUUGUUGUCCCCUGUUGCUUUCCGAGGUGGAACAAUGCAAACACUCAAAGCUCGAAGUAUAAAUGCCAAAGCCAGGGUUCACUCGGCGUACGAGAAUAUAUUCAGCCUGGAGAUCAUAGGCCCUGUCAUGCCUCAUUCCCUGCAUUUAUUGACCAUGCUGCUCAAGCCGGCACAGAGGGGAACCUUCUCUGCUCUAUUAUAUACACAUGAGCCAACGGCUGUGUUUAACACUGAUCUGGACAGUGCAAGCCCUGCCUUAAAUAAGGAAAACAUACUCAAAGAUCUUCCUACGUGUGGACUGCAUCCUAAGACUUUGGAUCAACUGAGUCAGUGUCCAACACUGGGAAAAUCUUCCAUCCGAUUCUUGGAAAUGAGGGAUUAUGCUUAUACCUGGAGGUCAUAG